AUGUGCAUGGCCAGGCCGCACGAGGAGAUCAUCUCUGCCAGAUGCAUGCCCACGGUGACGAAUUCUGGCAAGUCUGUUUCUGUUCCAAACGAGGCCGAUCUGAUCAUGCUUGUCAGCUCGAGCACCUGUUCGAACGAGGCCUCCGAUUCCGUCCGUUAUCAAGAGUUUGAGUUCUUUGGGAAUUUUGCUCAUCUCCGGACCAGGCUGAGGAGCAAGUUGCACAACCAUGCCGUCCUUGACAAGAUUUCUAACUUGUGGAGGCAGUUUUGCGAACUUGUCGUCGCCUGCAGUGAUGAAAUCCACAACGCUUCUGUUCAGUUGGUCGUACAACAGAACAAGGAACGGUGGAUAAUGUUCUAUGAUCCGUCUUUCGGCAAUGAGAAUGUUGUCCAGAAGCAGUUGUUUGAUUUCCUGACGUUCAGACGGUUUGAGCAAAUUGCAAUAUCUCAUGGAAACGACCAGUGA